AUGAUCCCCACACUUCCACGUCUGUCCGACUACGAUGUAUCUGCCCUCCAUGGCUUCCUUCCGACCGACCCUCCGUGCGAGCACUUGCCCGAUGCCUACUAUAGUAGGUGGGAGGCAAUUGCUCAGAAUCUGCAGAGUCUGAUCCUUACAAAGAGGCUGCGUAGCGUGGUUGACAAACUGCCGGUGCUCUUCACGGACAGGCUUGGCUCCCUUGCAGAGUGGCGCAGGGCAUACUCGAUUCUUGGCUUCAUCGCUCACUCAUAUAUUUGGGGAGGCGAUACUCCGUCCGACAGAGUGCCGCCGAGCGUCUCCAUCCCAUUGCUCGAGUGCUGCAAGGUACUCGAGCUUCCACCCGUGGCCACAUAUGCUGGGCUCGUGCUCUGGAACUGGCGCCCCUUGUUGAUUGAGGAGCCGAUUGACAAUCUAGAAAACAUUUUUACUUUACACACCUUCACAGGAUCGUUAGAUGAAUCAUGGUUCUACUUGGUAUCUGUCGCCAUUGAGGCUCGAGGAGCUCCUAUAAUCCCGCUGAUGAUGGAUGCGAUCUCUGCGGCGCGUUACAACGAUCAAGAGACUGUCACAGAAUGCCUACGCAGCUUCGCGGAGCGGCUAGACGAGCUUGGUAGCUUGCUGCAGCGCAUGUAUGAAAAUUGUGACCCUCAUGUGUUCUACAAUCGAAUUAGACCGUUUCUAGCCGGCAGCAAGAACAUGGCCGACGCUGGUCUUCCAAACGGUGUCAUUUUCGACACAGGGUCCGGCCGGGAUGAGUACGUUCAGUAUUCAGGCGGCUCAAAUGCACAGUCAAGCAUCAUACAAUUCUUCGAUCUCGCGCUUGGCAUUGAACAUCGGCCUACUGGUGAGCGCGCCGGUGAAUCAUCGUCUUCAGAAUCAGAAGGUUCACGCCCGGCAACGAGCACAACAAAUCAUAAUUUCAUCAUGGAGAUGCGAAAGUACAUGCCAGGACCCCACGCCCGAUUUCUUGAACAUGUCGGACGGGUUGCAAAUAUUCGGCAAUUCGUCUUUGAAAAUCGUGAGAACCGGGCGCUCUCGACUGCGUACGAUGCGUGCCUAGCCAUGCUGCGUUCCUUCCGUGACAAGCAUAUCCAAAUGGUUUCUCGGUAUAUCAUUAUCAAAUCACGUGAAUCUAGAAGUCAUAGCCGGUCUAUUUCGCCCCAGCACAGCGUGCCGAAGCGCAUGAAUCUCGCCAUUGGCUCGUCUAGGCGCGUCGCAAGUGACGACAAUCCGAAGAGCGGAGGCUCGAGAAAGCUUCGAGGAACUGGCGGCACCGCACUCAUCCCGUUUUUAAAACAGGCGCGUGACGAGACGGGUGAGCCGGCAAUUGACGCUUGGGCGAGGCGAUUACUUAAUAAUGGACCUGGACCCGCUGAAAUGCACGUAAUUGAUGGGCCUGUCAUGGAGGGGGCUCGACUGACGAAAAUGGGCGAGCAUGCCAGCGGCGACCUCGAGAUCGUCGGUCUUGCUGGUGUUUGGAGGGUGGAUGAGAGCGAAGGAGGCAUUUGCCACUGGUAG